GGCCGCGGUCGAGCCCUCGGCUUUUCUCGGCGAGCGCUGCCCGGCUCUGGGCCCUUUGGCUGAGCAACAUGGCGCUGGUCGGCCCGCUCUCCCGCGCUCUGUCGGAGCGGUUGUCCCGGUGCCGGUUGCUGGUGGUGGGCGCCGGCGGCAUCGGCUGCGAACUCCUCAAAAACCUGGUGCUGGCCGGUUUCAGGGACAUCGAGGUGAUGGAUUUGGAUACUAUCGACGUCAGCAACCUCAACCGGCAAUUCCUCUUUCAGAAGAAGCAUGUUGGAAAGUCAAAAGCUCAGGUGGCCAAGGAGAGUGCCUUAAAGUUCUGCCCUGAGGCCAGGAUUGCAGCUCAUCACGACAGCAUCAUGAACCCGGGUUAUAACGUGGAAUUCUUCAGGCAGUUUACACUUGUGAUGAAUGCUCUGGAUAACAGGGCUGCCCGUAACCAUGUGAAUAGAAUGUGUUUAGCUGCUGACAUUCCUCUAAUAGAGAGUGGGACUGCAGGAUAUCUUGGUCAAGUCACUGUCAUCAAAAAGGGAAUAACGGAAUGCUACGAGUGUCAGCCUAAACCAACACAGAAAACAUUUCCAGGUUGCACAAUCCGAAACACUCCUUCAGAGCCAAUCCACUGUAUCGUAUGGGCAAAAUACCUCUUCAACCAGUUGUUUGGAGAGGAGGAUGCUGAUCAGGAAGUAUCGCCUGACACAGCUGACCCAGAAGCUGCCUGGGAGCUAUCGGAUGCAGCAGCAAGGGCAGGAGCUUCCAAUGAAGACGGUGGCAUCAAACGUGUAUCCACGAAGGACUGGGCCAGGUCCACUGGGUAUGACCCAGUUAAAAUAUUCAACAAGCUUUUCAGGGACGAUAUAAAGUACUUGCUCACAAUGGACCAACUGUGGCGCAAAAGGAAAGCACCAGUCCCGUUAGACUGGGCUGAAGUUGAAACAUUUGAGACCUGUUCGUCACUGCAGCAAACGGGGACCUCUCAGACCGGCCUAAAGGACCAGCAGGUUCUGGACGUGAAGAGUUACGCGUACUUAUUUGCACGAAGUGUUGAUCACCUCAAAUCCCGUCUUGCUGAGAAGGGGGAUGGAGGAGAGCUGGUCUGGGACAAGGAUGACGUCCCUGCCAUGAAUUUUGUGACAGCAGCUGCCAACUUGCGGAUGCACAUCUUCAGCAUGAACAUGAAGAGCAAGUUCGAUGUGAAAUCCAUGGCAGGAAACAUCAUUCCAGCGAUUGCCACCACAAACGCAGUGAUUGCCGGCUUGAUUGUGUUGGAAGGGCUGAAGAUUCUGUCUGGGAAUCUGGAACAGUGCAGGACAAUAUUUUUGAAUAAGCAGCCCAAUCCUCGGAAAAAGUUGUUGGUUCCAUGUACCCUGGACCCCCCAAAUCCCAGCUGCUAUGUGUGCUCCAUCAAGCCUGAAGUCACAGUCAAACUCAACACUCAGAAAGUCUCCAUCCAAGUGUUGCAGGACCGGAUUUUGAAGGAUAAAUUUGGAAUGGUGGCUCCGGAUGUGCAGAUAGAAGAUGGCAAGGGAACAAUCCUAAUCUCCUCGGAAGAGGGAGAAACAGAAGCAAACAACAGCAAGAACCUGUCCGAGUUUGGGAUCUGCAAUGGAAGUCGGCUUCAAGUCGAUGAUUUCUUACAAGACUACACUCUGACUGUAACCCUCCUGCACAGUGAAGACCUGGAGAAGGACAUAGAGUUUGAGGUGGUCGGAGACGCCCCCGAGAAAGCUCCUCAAAAGCCGAGUGAGGAAGAUGGCAAGGCCAUAACCAACGGCAGCGACGAUGGAGCACAACCGUCCACAUCUAAAGCCUCCGAGCAGGACGAUGUACUGAUCGUUGACUCAGAUGAAGAGAUGCCCUCAUCUAGCGGAGUGGAGGCUAACAUGGAUAGCCGGAGCCUGAAGAGGAAGCUGGAGGAUGAGACAGAAGGUGUCAGUGUUAAGCGGAUUUGCACCGAGCAGGAAGAGGAGGAGGAUGAUAUCAUCUCGUUGGAUUGAGUGACAUGUUGGAAAUUCUGGCUGCUCUUUUGUUCUGGCGCCACUCUGUGUUGUCAGACAGACAGUUAAGAUUGGGUGGGAUGGGGUGGGUAGGGGAAACGAUGCCAGCAAAGAACCCAGCAACAAGUCACAGCCUUAAACUCUGAUCAAAGUAAAAGAGGCAGGUUGGGGGAGACACCACGAGCACUGAGAGUCACACCAUCCUAGCAAGUUUGGAUAGCAAUGUCAGCCACCUUGCUGGAUAUAAAUUGACAACCAAAGCUUUUGGCUCGCUGUUCAAUAUAACUUUGUUCUCCAGCGUUGUUUCCCCUUCCCCCCUCCUCUCUGGCUCUGAUGCUACUUGUGGAAUUCGCUGUUGAUGAAGUAUUAAAAAUGUUCUUUUGUAUAACAACAGCAACAUGUUUUGUAAAUUGCUGUAAACACUUCAUUUUCCUCAAGCCUAUUUGUACUUCCUGAUAUCAGAGCCUCUUUAAUCAGAUCCAGGGGCCUUUCCUUGUGUCUCGUUACAGUUUGUAGUUAUUUAUACGUGACUUUUGUAUAACGCAGAUAUCUUAACUUUUUUUUGUUCAUACUUUACAUGGAUUCCAAUGAUCAUAUUGGGAGUCGGCCCAAAUGUCCAGAUCCCGAGAUGGCCCCAGUGGUCAGGUCUGGGGUGGACCCCGAUGCUCGGGUCCUUCAGGCAACCUCCAGAACGUGAUUCCCUGGCAGUGUGGGAGUGAGAUUGUAUAGCGGAUGGAGACAGGGUGGCAUAGGAACAUAGCAUUAUCAGAAGAGGAGUCAUCUGCUCUGUAGUUUAGGGAGGGUAGAAGAAAUAUGUAAUUUGCAGUUGGGCUGUUCUGUAACCGGUUACUGAUCCGAUCGGCCUGUUCAGUGUUGAGAGAGAGAGAGAGAGAGAUAUUGCUAAGGGUGUAGCUAAAAGUAUUUUUGUAGCAAAUUGACAUUGCCGUGUCAGUAGGUUUUUUUUGUAUCUGAAUCGACUGUAAAAUGUACUGAAAAGCUUUGUUACAAAUGGCAGUUUUCAUGAUUAAAACAUUCACUGUGUACAGUU